AUGGCCGAGGGGAGCGAGUUGAUGAACAGGCUCAUGAGUGAGAAUGCUGAUCUCAAGAAGCAGGUGCGGCUCCUGAAGGAGAACCAGAUGCUGAAGCGGCUGCUCAGUGAGAGCUGCCAGGAGAGCAGCGGCCACACAGCCCGUGAGCUCCUCCUCCCCAGGGCCCCCAGCUACCCAGAGGCCUGCUCCCCUGGGGGUGCAGCUACAGAGUAUGGAAGGUUUGCCAGCAUCCCCGACAUGCCAUCCCAGAUGCAGGCGUCCUCCCUGGAGGACUUGCUGUGCUCGCAUGUCAAUCUCUCCAGUGAGGAUGAGGCCUCCCAUGGCUGCACGGCUGCUGCCUCAGUACCCUUCAAGGCCUUCCUUGGAUCCCCAGAGCUGCACCCAUCACGAAGCAUGGACAGGAAGCUGUCCCCGCUUCUCAGUCCUUUGCAGGAUGCCUUGGCUGACAAGACCCUGAUGGAGGCCCGAGAGAUGGUCCGGCCCAAGAAGGUGUGCUUCUCAGAGAACAGUCUGACCUCUGGGGACAAGAUGCGGAGGAGCUACUACCUCAGUGAUAUUCAGAGUUUCUCCAGCGCGGAGAAGGACGGUCGCAUCGUCGGUGAGAUUGCCUUCCAGCUGGACCGGCGCAUUCUGGCCUACGUCUUCCCUGGUGUGACGCGACUGUACGGUUUUACGGUAUCCAACAUCCCGGAGAAGAUUAAGCAGACCUCCAUCAAGUCGCUGGACGGCUCAGUGGAUGAGAAGAAGCUGCGAGAGCUGACGCACCGUUACCUGACGCUGACAGCGCGCUUGGAGAAACUGGGUUACAACCGCGACGUGCACCCAGUGUUCAGCGAGUUCCUCAUCAACACCUACGGCAUCCUGAAGCAGCGGCCAGACCUGCGCGCCCACCCUCUGCACAGCAACCCGGCCGCCCUGCGCAAGCUGGUCAUCGAUAUCGUGCCACCCAAGUUCCUGGGCGACUCGCUGUUACUGCUCAACUGCCUCUGUGAACUCUCCAAGGAGGACAGCAAGCCGCUCUUCGCCUGGUGAGCGCCGCCGCGCCCCUCUACCGCCG